AUGGAUAAUGAAAGAGCAUCGACAUUUCCUCCUCAUAUACUCAUUUUUCCCUCACCAAUUCAAGGGCCAAUCAAGUGUAUGCUAAAACUUGCAGAGCUAUUCUGUCUUAAUGGCCUGAAAGUCACUUUCCUAAACUCGCAACACAUCCAACAAUGUUUGCUAAAAUGUACCGAUAUUGAAUCCUAUUUUCAAUGCUAUCCCAAUUUUCGUUUUGAAACGGUGCCUGAUGGCCUUCCCGAAGACAAUCCCCGCACUGGCAAUGAGUUUUUUGAGAUGAUGGAUUCUAUAAAAGCUGUGGGUGUGCCACUAUUUGAGGAAAUGGUAACUUCUGGUCCUUAUGGUCCCAACUCCGAGAACCCAAUAACUUGCAUAGUAGCCGACGGAAUAGUCACCUCUGCUAUUGAUACUGUUAAACAGAUUGGUGUCCCACUCCUUUAUUUUGAUACUAUUAGCCCUUGUGGUCUAUGGGCGAAUUGUCUCUGUCUUCCCAAACUCAUUGAAGCUGGAGAGUUUCCUUUCAAAGGAGAUGACUUGGAUGAGCUAGUUGUUAAUGCACCAGGAAUGGAAGGUUUUCUGAGGCGCCGUGAUCUUCCUAGCUUUUUUCGCAGCAAGGACCUUAAUGAUCCCCAUAUACAAACGAUUCUAGAGAAGAACAAGAACCUUCCCUUGUACCAAGGAUUGAUUUUCAAUACUUUUGAGGACCUUGAAGCACCCAUAUUAUCAGAAAUGUCCAAAAUCUGUCAAAAAAUCUAUGCCAUAGGGCCACUCCACACUCACCUGAAAACCAGACUCGCGACAGGAACCACGUCAAAUAGCAUCUGGAAAGAAGACAGGAGUUGCAUCCCCUGGCUGGAUAUGCAACCCCUCAAAUCUGUUUUAUUUGUUAGCAUUGGAAGUCUUACGGUCAUGACCAAGGACCAGCUCUUGGAAAUUUGGCAUGGUUUGGUGAAUAGUGGGACGAGGUUUUUAUGGGUCCGAAGGCCUGGUUCGAUUGUUGGAUUGGACGAAGAUUUUGAGAUUCCUAUGGAAUUGUCUCAAGCUACAAAAGAGAGGGGGUAUAUUGUGAGUUGGGCUCCACAAGAGGAGGUCUUGGCCCAUCCAGCAAUUGGUGGGUUUUUGACCCAUAGUGGAUGGAACUCAACUUUGGAGAGUAUAGUGGAGGGGAAGCCCAUGAUAUGCUGGCCACAUUAUGUUGACCAGCAAGUGAAUAGUAGGUAUGUGGGGGAGUUUUGGAAACUUGGUUUGGACAUGAAAGAUACAUGUGACAGAGUAAUAGUAGAAGGGAUGGUUAAGAAGCUUAUGGAAUUGAAGAAGGACGAAUUCUUGACGAGGGCUGAUCACAUUGCUAACGUUGCAAAGACAAGUGUGCGGAAAGGUGGGUGUUCGUACAAAAAUCUAGACCGUCUGAUUGAAGAUAUCAAGUUAUUGAAAUGUUAG